AAAGAAGAGUAAAUAAAAUAAAAAUAUGUGAGCAGAGAACUGAAGUUAUGCUCCACCCAUCUGGAAAAUUUAAAACGACACAGCAGCAGCAGAUAUAAUGGAACUCUAAUCAGUUUCAGGAGUUGAUGAAGAAGACUUUCUGUGUCUCAAAAGAUGAAGCACUUUGGAGUGUUCCCUCUUGUCAUCAGCCUAUUGCUGGGGAGCCAAGGCAUCAAAGGCUACAGUAACAACGAACCCUGCCAGAAGUCUCGAUGCAAUAACUGCCACAACCAGUUCCUGCACAAGCAUGUGCGUCCGGGAACCCCAACCACGACGGACCGCAACGCGUGGGAGAAGUACCUGCGUGAAAAUAAUGACUGCAAAAGACCCACUCAGUCCUUCUUAAACCCGAACGACCGGGAGAGGGUGGACGCGGUCUGCUCCAGUUCUGGGGGAAAGACAUACAAAGGGAACCUGUGCAUCAGCCGAAGCCCGUUCAAAUUCCUAACAGUGAGAAGCGACCCUGGGACCUGCGGCGUGUCGAGUGUGAGGGAAGAAACCAAGCAUCUGAUCCUGGCUUGCGAGGCGCUAGAGAACAGGUGUGUGCCUGUGCAUUUCGAGGGAAACCGUGAGGGGAGCAAGCCCGACAAUAACGCCCCGGGAUGUGGCAGCACGCAUUCUAAAGACAGCACGCCGAGCGGCAAGGCCGUGAGCUGGAGAGAAUCAGGAAUGUGGCUGAUGGCUUUUUUGUUUCUCUCUUUCCUUUUCUGAACAGUGUACUGGGCCUUAAUUUUGGUGUGAAGCUAUGUUAUGUUGAUUCACUUGCAACAGUAACAAUGAAGCUGGAGUUCACAACAUGAAAAACUGAAUAUUUUGGCCAAUUGUAUAUUUAUUUUGUCUUAAUUAAUGCAUGCUUUCUGACAGUCUGAGAGAUGACUAUUACAGUCAAAUAGACUUUGGGAUUUGCAUUUCAGUACCUUGUAUUUCAUUUCAAGUGUUUUGUGCAAUUUUGUGUAUAUAUAUAUAUAGGCCUCUUUAUAUACAUUAUAUCAAUAAAGGAUGACAUUGAA